AUGGCUCCUAGUCGCCUCGAGUCUCCCCCUGCGGACACCGCCACAUCUUCAGUCCAGAAGCUCAAGGCGUCAAAAGGACCCUCAGAGGAUCUCUAUGGACACUACUAUCCCGCCGAUCCAAAUACCUUGAGCCUUGAGUCCAACUUCGGGCCCAUGGAACCCGACACCAUUGGAUAUCUUCAACCGACAACUCUUGACACUCCUUUGGAGGUUAUGCACGAGCGAUUUGAGAGAGACGGCUAUCUUUUUAUCAAAGGAUGCAUUAGCAAAGAAACCUCCCUCGCCUGCCGUCGCGAUUACUUUACACACAUGGCUCCUAGCGGCCUCCUCAAGAAUGGCACCGAGCCAGUCGAAGGCAUCUUCUCAGGUGCCGAUACACGCAAAUACCUCCCACCUGGCAACCUUCGCCGGCUCUUCGGCCUGAAGGAUGAUCCCGAGAGCGACAAGUACGUCGAGCUCAUGAUCUCUGCCCACGAGGCUGAUUUCUAUGUCGAGUUCUGCAAGAACCAGGAGCUGCGUGACUUUGUCAGUCGCUUCACGGGAUGGAAGAACCCUCAGAUGCUCCAGAGGACCAUGCUCCGCGCCUUUGUGCCUGAAAGCGAGCUCACACCUGUCCACUUUGAUCAGAUGUACCUCCGCGCCGGCCCCCCUACCAGCUUGACGGCUUGGAUCCCCAUCGGCAACGUCUCCCUCGAGGGAGGAGGCCUUAUGUACCUCGAGGGCUCGACGGAUAUUGGCAAAAAGACAGAGGACGACUUUGCCAAGAACGCUCACAACCUUACCGACGAGGAGCGUAUCAGCGCCUUCAACAAGAACAUGAACGACGGUGGCUUCCUGAGCCGAGACACUGUGGCCUACGGCAAGGAGGCCCGUAGAAAGUGGCUCAUCGCCGAGUACGAGGCUGGCGAUGUCAUCUUCCACAACCCCUACAUGGUGCACGCAAGCUGCAAGAACAGGGACCCAGAGAACAAGAUUCGCCUCGCCACUGAUGUGAGAUUCGUCGACCCCGAGAAGCCCUAUGAUAAACGCUGGAUGAAGGUCUACAGGCCUUUGGACGGGUUGUAA